UUCAUUCAAACACUACAUGCAUGCACCACCAACAAAAAUGGCAGCCACCACCGUUAACAGAGAUGAAUCCGACUAUGACAGCAGCUCCUCCUCCAUAACGGUCCCCGACUCUAGCCGUAGUUUCAUGAGCAACCUCAGCUUCGGUAGCCGUCGUAGCUCCGUCUCUGUUUGCUCCUCAUCCGCCGAAACCUCUCUUUACAACUCCCAAAAGCCACACAAGGCCAACCAAGCCGCGUGGGAAGCCAUGAAACUUCUCAGAAGAGCGCAAGGUCGAGUUGGGCUCGACCAUUUCAGGCUCCUGCGCCGGCUCGGCAGUGGUGACAUAGGGAACGUUUAUCUUUGCCAGAUAAGGAACCCUGUGGUGGGACUGCCACAGUGUUUUUACGCCAUGAAAGUGGUGGAUAGAGAAGCACUUGCGAUAAGGAAGAAGCUACACAGAGCCGAUAUGGAGAAGGAGAUUUUAACCAUGCUCGAUCAUCCUUUUGUACCAACUCUUUACGCAGAGUUUGAGGCCUCUCAUUACUCUUGCUUGGUCAUGGAGUACUGUCCCGGCGGAGACUUGUACGCCGCUCGCCAACGCCAGCCGGGGAAGCGCUUCAGCAUUUCAUCUGCCAAGUUUUACGCGGCUGAGACACUCUUGGCUCUAGAGUAUCUACACAUGAUGGGCAUAGUUUACAGAGACUUAAAGCCAGAAAACGUGUUGGUUAGAGAAGAUGGUCAUAUCAUGCUUUCGGAUUUCGAUCUUUCUUUAAAAUGUGACGUUGUGCCGAAGCUGCUGAAGCCAAAACUCAACUUGGAAGCCAUUGACAAGUAUGAAAAAUACUGCUCAAUUCCAUCGUGUGCUACACCCAUGCAGCCGGUGCUAUCUUGUUUUUCGGCCUCAACCAGAAAGAAGAAGGUAACAGUUACAACAAUCACGGAACAAGUUGAAGGCACUCAAGAAGUUGAUCCGGAACUAGUAGCUGAACCAAUCAACGCUCGAUCAAAAUCCUUCGUGGGGACGCAUGAGUACUUGGCGCCGGAGGUGAUAUCAGGGCAAGGGCACGGAAGCGCUGUGGAUUGGUGGACUUUAGGGGUGUUCUUGUACGAGAUGAUUUACGGGACAACACCAUUCAAAGGUGAAAACAACGAGAAAACACUAAUUAACAUUCUUAAAAAGCCAUUAAGCAUGCCGAGAAUGGGUGUUAGUAGCAGUAAAGAAUUUGAAGAAAUGGUGAAAGUACAAGAUCUUAUAAGCAGGCUUCUAGUGAAGAAUCCAAAGAAGAGAAUGGGGAGCUUAAAGGGUUCAGUUGAGAUAAAGAGGCAUGAGUUCUUCAAGGGUGUUAAUUGGGCAUUAAUUAGAUCGAUUAAGCCUCCAGAGGUUCCUAAUGACCAAUAUGUUUGCAAGAUUAGGAAUAAGGGUUACAAUAAUUUACCCAAAUUAAGCAAGAAAGAGAGAGAGGCCCCUUAUCAGAUACCCCAUCAUUUUGACUAUUUCUAACUGUAAAAUGUAAAUAAAAUUAAGUGACAGUUUGUUUGAUUUUACAGUAAUGGAAGUGAUGUUUUAGAUGAUUAAUAUUAUUAAUGUAAUACUAAUUU